UCAAACAUGGAGGAGCGCGAGCGGGGGGCGAGGCCGGCGCGCGCCGGGAGCCCCGCGCGCCCGCCCAGCCCGCGGCUGGACGUGAGCUCCGACAGCUUCGACCCGCUGCUGGCGCUGUACGCGCCGCGCCUGCCGCCCAUCCCGUACCCCAACGCGCCGUGCUUCAACAACCUGGCGGAGUACGAGAACUUCCUCAAGACCGGGGUGCGCGGCGGCGGGCGCGGCCGGGCGCGGGGCGCGGGCUCCCGGGGCGCCGCCGCCGCCGGCCCCGCCGGCUCCGGCCCCGCCGGCCCCUCGGCCCGGCCCCGGCGCCGCCACGACGCGCCCGCGCCGGACCCCGAGCGCAUCCAGCGCCUCCGCCGCCUCAUGGUGACCAAGGAGGAAGGGGACGGCGGGGACGGCGCGCGGCGCGGGGCACCGGCCCGGACCAAGAAGGCGCCGCGCAACGUGCUCACGAGGAUGCCCCUGCAUGAGGGCAGCCCCCUGGGGGAGCUGCACCGCUGCAUCCGGGAGGGCGUCAAGGUGAACGUCCACAUCCGCACCUUCAAGGGGCUGCGCGGAGUCUGCACCGGCUUCCUCGUCGCUUUCGACAAGUUCUGGAACAUGGCGCUGACCGAUGUCGACGAGACCUACCGGAAGCCAGUUCUGGGCAAAGCGUACGAACGGGAUUCUUCCUUGACGCUCACUCGGCUGUUCGACCGCCUGCGGCUCCAGGACUCGGCCAAGAAGGAGGCCGACUCGAAGUCGGCCGUGGAAGACUCCACGCUGUCCAGAUACUCGCAGACGUCCACGUGGAAGGUGGCAUCCGUGUGGGGCCACGGAGACACGGGCCGGGGCUCCCGCCGGCGCUCGCGCUCCGUCCCCUCUUCCCUGCAGGCGUCUGCGAGGGAGGAGUCCAGGUCAGAGCUGUCGGGGAGAACUGCCCAGACCGAGGGCUCGAGCGCUGGGGGCACCCUGUCCGGGGCCACCACGCUUUCUCGGGGCCAGCCCCGCAAGAAAAAGCGCAAGGCCAAAGUGGACUACCAGCAGGUGUUCACGCGCCACAUCAACCAGAUUUUCAUCCGGGGCGAGAACGUCCUGCUCGUCCACCUGGCGCAGUGACCGGCCCGAGCCGCGGGGUGUAGAAAUAAGAGUGCAUGCCUCCUCCUCGCCCCCACGAGAGCCCGAGUUGCGGGGGCGGGGGGUCAUUCUCCUUUUUUCUCCCCUCUCCCUCCCCACCCCUGCUUUCCUUCACACCCAGAGUAACAGCCAGGCCCCGACGUCCCCUGGAGACGGGCGUCCCCCAAGGGUGGGCGGCGGGGGGCGGGGCAGGUGCGUCCUGGUCUCCGUGCGCGCGCGCGCGCUGGAGUCUGCCAGGGUCGCACCAACCCAGUGCAAAACCGUCUUCCGUUUGCAUUACGCUCACGGUUCUUCGGAAUCGAAUCCGCUCGGUCCAGAGUGAGGCGGGCCAGGCAGGCCGCACCUCGGAGCGCGUGGGACCGGCGGGGGCGAAGGGGAGGGGGGUGCACCUCCCGGCUCAGAGCCGGCCUCUGAGUCUCGCCCUCCGCGGCUUCUUUCCCCCUUCGGCACCCAGGAAGUGGGGGUCGCUUGUGGGGGGGGGCGGGGUGGAGAGCUCCCCGCUGAGUGAAAGGGCAGCAUGGGGGGGGGUACCUGGGUCUGCCCCGCGCCGCGCACGCAUGGGGGCACUGCUUAUGCCCCGUGGUGGUCCCUCCGCCUGCUUCGGGGCUCUGUCCCCCCAGCGAAAUCGUGCCUGUGACAGGAAGGGCAAAGGCAGCGGGGCUCGCGGGCUCCAGCAGGCGGGGGAGGGUGUGUGCGUGUGCUGUGGCUUCUCCCCCUUCCCUCCCGCGCUCCCCGUGGCAUGGCUUGCUGUCUCCGUGGCAUGACACUAAUGCAUGUGACCCCGUGCCCUGCUCCCCUGUCCAGAGUGUGGCCUGUCCCGUGAGCCCUGGCAGGAGACAGACCCCCCGCCUCGUGUGUGGCUGCCGUGGCUUUCUGCACGAAUUUGGUGCCAUGCGUCCAUCCCUGCCCCCCCCAGUUGGGAAUCCCGCCCCCCCCUUACCCCAUCCGGGCAGCUGACCUCAUAGCCCAUCUCUCGGGGUGGGGAGGGGGUUUGCCAGGGCCACUGAUCUCAUCCUCUGUGUCACACUGGCACCUGGGGGUUCCCCCUGGGGUGUGUGUGGGGGGGGCUCCCCAUUCCUGGUACCCCCUUUCUUACCCUUGGCACUCAGCCGCGCUACACAGCUCCCCCCCCCCCCCCCCGCCGCUGCAGGCUCGGCUGCAAACCUCGACACAGACUGUUAGGGGAAUAUUUAGGCGGUUUCGGUUUUGUCAGUUUAUAUUUGGAAUUUUAUUUUAGAUAGCUGUGUUCAAAGCGAAGACACGUAAGAAAUGGCCGGCUAGAUGCAUAAAGAGAACUAACCCCCCCCCCCACUCCCCGUCCCCGUUCCCGUAGUCAUUGGGUGAAUUAGACAAGCCGGCUGAGGAUCGGGGGCAGAUCUAGUUCAGGGUGCCCAGGCCCUCUGCCACCCCCCCUGUAACCAAGCGGAGCAGCCUUCACCCUCCGUGCCUCAGUUUCCCCAGCGGACACCUACCUCAGAGGCACCGAGACCAACAGUUCUCUCAGAAGGCCUUCCCGUGUCGCCAGUGCCAUAAGCAGUGCUUGGGAUUGAUUCGGACCUGGUAAGACCGUCCAUUUUACGGGCAAGGCAGGUGCUGAGUAGAGGGACCGAGAGAUCUCUGGGGAAGCCGCAGAGACGAUCUCUUGGGGCCCGCAGGGCGCAGUGAGUGGCUUCCAGCACUGCUUCCGUAGCCCGUUCCUUCUCUGAGAGAUGGUGGAAGUUCUCAGAAGACUCUUCUGAAGAGAAAAAUCACUUUUUUUUUUUUUUUGCUGCUCUCCCCAAUACCCCACCCCCCACGUUUUCUGAUUAUUAUCAGGGAAAAUAAAAAAUCCCCUGACGUUUUCAAGGGGUGUGUAUAUGAUGCUACCAAAAGGAAAACGCACAUUCGAAAAAAAUGAUAACAUUUCCCCCAAGGGGAGUAAUUUUUCUAUUUUAUUUGGUCUUUUUUUUUUUUUUAAUGUUUUCUGUAGAGUCAGAUCACAUGCACUAAACUCUGUCGAGAAAUUCCAGGUCACACACCUGGAUUUAGAAAUCUUGGGGGUGUGGAAGAGGAUUUAAAAAUCUAAUUUAGAAGAAAAUUUUAAGUUUUCUUCUAAAUAUCGUUCCUGCGUGAACUCCGGUUUCCCAGGGCGUAAGCUCUGGGUGUCUCCUUGUUCCCAUGGCUCCUGGCCUCUUCCCUCCUCACCCCUCUCUCCUGCCUGGCUGUCCCCGUCUGUCCCUGUGUCCUGCAGCUAGUAGCUGUAAAGGAGACUAGGUCGCUCCGAUAAAGCAGAAUUUUGGAAUCCAGAGGGAUAGGAUACAUCUCCAUCCGUCUCUAGUGCCGAUUAAACGUGUAACCUGAUUGACUUUAAGCGCGUGUUGAUUUUCAUGUUUGCCUCUCAUUUUCUUCUUUCCAUACGACGAUGGAUUUGCUACUUUCCUGCCCAGCUGAACUGUUUCCUGGCUCUGAAAAUUAUUCUAAAGCCUUGUGUCACCUCCCUUAUGUAUCCCCACACACCCUAUUUAUUUGUUUGGAAAGUGAUUCUGGAAUGAGUACCUGUAGGCUAGUAAAUGUGGUGUUUUUGCGUUAAGCGUUUUCGUUAUGUUUCAGAUAAGUCAAUUCAUUUUUAAUUGGUGGCGGGGUGUGUGGGGUGGGGAUUUGUGUGUGUGUGUGUGUGUGUGUGUGUGUGUGUGUGUGUUACUGGUUUUUUUCUUAGACAAAAUUUGUGAAAGGAGGGGCUGGAGCAAUAGCACAGUGGGUAGGGCGUUUGCCUUGCACGCGGCCGACCCGGGUUCGAUUCCCAGCAUCCCAUAUGGUCCCCCGAGCACCACCAGGAGUCAUUCCUGUGUGCAUGAGCCAGGAGUAACCCCUGUGCAUUGCCGGGUGUGACCCAAAAAGCAAAAAAAAAAAAAAAAAAAAAAAAAAAUUUGCAAAAGGAAGUAAAAAAGCAAUCCACAUAAUUUAUAUGCUGCUCAAAAAAUAUCACUGAGGACACUGAGGACUGGGGGCAGCUCCCACAGGCGCCCCUGCAGACCUCCCCCCAGAGCAGGGGAGAGGAAGAGGCCUGGAAGGACAGAUUCCUGCGGUCCCGAGAGGGAGCCAGGGCGGCAGAGGUGUGCAGAGACCGGCCCCCGGCACCCUCCCGCCGGGCCUUGGGGCUUUAGAGACUCCGGAGGCAGCUUCCUCUUUCCGAACCUCUGGCUUUGCCUGGUGUCAAGGGACGGGGAGGUGGCCGGUGUGGCUUUCCAGGGAGAGGGAUUUCCUUGUCGGCCCUUUGCAGCCUCGAGGCUGCUGCCAGACCCGUUAGUGGAACUCCCUCCAGAAGGCGGUUCCCCGCCGUGGGGGGCGUGGUGGGGGCAGGGGAGGGCUGUGCUCCCCACGGACAGGGGUGGCCCUGUUCCCCUGUUGGUGAGAUGGCCCAGGCGACCCCCUUCCAGACCAGUCCGUGCCUUACUCUUGGCGCGAAACCAUCAGCCCCGCCUUGGCACGCCCACGGGCUCCUUCCUGGAAACUGCGGGUGCUCAGCCCCCCCCCACCCCCCACCUCAUCUUUGUGCACUAGGCCAGGAGCAUCCAGCCAUGAGCUGUGAGUUGCCCUUAGGGCUCAGCCUUCCAGAAGUCCAGGCCUACUGUUCUACCCCCCCACCCCCCCAGAGAAAGAGAAACACCCAAUUGGGUGGCUAGGUUUUUAUUUUUUUUGGGGGGGGGCUUUUGGGGUCCACCCCUCUAUGCUCAGGGGUUACUCCUGGCUCAGGCACUCAGGAAUGACUCCUGGCAGGACUUGGGGAACCCUAUGGGAUGCUGGGAAUCGAACCCAGCUCAGCCGCCUGCAAGGCAAACGCCCUCCCCACGGUGCUAUCCUAUCGCUCCAGCCCGGCUUUCUCUAUUUCUUUGGGCGCUGUUGUCCUAGCGACCAACAUGGUGAAAAUCCCCAGUAAGGGGUAAGUUCUGUAAAUCCUGUAGGUUUUCCCAAAGAUUUUAUUACAUGGACCAAAAAAAAAAAAAAAAAAAAACAACUGGUGCUGUCCUCAGCUUUCCAGUCCUUGUUGUAUUUUUUUUUUUAAAGACUGAGGUGGUUGCCACGGGCAGGUCAGGGUGCACGAAAGAGGACCCUGGCCCCCAAAUAAUAACUUUGCAGCUCUUGUGUGACUUUCGGAGUCAGAUUGAGUCUGCGGCCGGUCCAGUGUUUGGGUCGCUGGUGUUCAUCAGCCCGUUUUCCCCCCACCUGCUGACUCCCGGGAGGCGUCUCGUAGCGAUUGUCACGCAGGAGUGUCUUCCCUGGGGGUGGGCUUGUCAUUACUUUCUGGAGUCCACGGACGACGCCGGCGAGUGUCAGAGACGCCACGGGGCUCCUGUCUUAGUUUUCCUGAGCUCUGAGCAAGGGCCCCUUUGGCUUCCUGUGUUGGGAGGCAUUUUUCAAACGCCUGUUGCGUUCUCCGCACUUCUGUAAUAAAAAUGAGAGCUCCCCACCAAGAGGGGGUUUGGGACGGUUCAGAGAUGCAGGGGGGGCGGUGGUGGGGUGGGGGGAGGCGAAGGAGGACGCCUGAGACUUGCCAGGCAGCCUUUUAUUUAUUUAGAACAAAAAGACAUUUGAUAAGCGACCAGAGUUAGUGCUGCUUUCAAAACAUCCCCUCUCUGAGAAGACAGGAGCCGUCCCUCAGGAAUGCUGCGAAAGUGAUUCCCCACGCUCCGCCAUCGCUUUUGAUCUCUUCCUCCUUAAAAAAAAAAAAGAGCAAAAAAGAACCCCCUCCCCCCCCCGAAAAUGUCUGAUGUUGUGUCUGAGUGAUGGUUCUAGAAAGUCGAAAAAAAUGUUCAGGGCUGUUGUUCAGCUGUUGCCUGCGCUGUGUGUGCGCCAAGCGGUUCUCUGCCUGUCACUCCGAUGCUCAGGUGGGUUGUAAGCAGUAACUCGGAGUCUCAAAAAGCAGUGGGCUUGCUGUGUGCUGUGUCCGUGGCCAGGAACCUUCCGGAAUCUCCGGAAUUCGUAGACAAGGCUCCUGAAUCGAUAGACGAAACUCUGAACGUUUCCAGUUUCACUGCGGGCGGGGGGGGGGGGUGUGGUGUGUGUGUGUCUGUGUCUGUCUGUCUGUCUGUCUGUCUCCGGAAUUUGUAGACAAGACUCCUGAAUCUAUAGAUGAGACUCUUAACGUUUCCAGUUUCACUGCGGGUGUGUGUAUGUGUGUGUGUUGGGGGGAGAGGAUGCAUUCUCAUCAGCUGCUCAGAGAAACAGUUUUCUUACUUGUAAUCGCGUCUUGAACCGGCUCCUAAUUGUUAAGCUCAUCUUAACAGUAACAUCUUAAAAUUCCUGUUUCGGAAGCGUUGCUGCUAGUAACUUCCAUCCCUUGGCAACUUUCUGCUUUUGAUCUGUGUCAUGCGGGGGUGUGUGUGUGUCGGGGGAGGGGGAAGUCUGGAAACCAUAAUAAAUACGACUGUAUUCA